AUAACUGGACAGGGGUUUCCUGACCUGGCAUUCCCGGAAAGUUUGAUAAGGAGUCAUAUACUUGAAGUCGUACGCAUUCAGGUGUCGAGUUCAGUCCCCCUUGGGUCCUUCUCUGCUGUUCGUUGCAGAUGAAACUCAAGCACUCAACUCAAUCAAAAGGACUAUAAGAGGAAGAUUUUCGUUCUGUGUCCCCAAACCACUCCAAUGGCGAAUCCCGACCUGCCCCAACCCAAGAAGCUUCGUCAGACGGGUCAAUUUCAACCAAGAUGGGAAGACCUAAACGUAGACUGUUUGGCAAAUGUGUUCGGAAGAGUUGGUAUCACGGCAUUGCUCUUGAGUGUCCCUUUCGUGUGUAAGUCUUGGUACAGAGCAAGCCUCGACUCUGCAUGUUGGCAACGUCUCAUUUUGCCUGAUGUUGAUACUGAGAUUGACCUUGGAAAUGAAGGAUUUUGGAAUUCUGACAAUGAAAUUGAAGCUGUGAUUGACAGAAGACCAGAGAUUUUCCGUUUCGAUACCUUGAUGUCCAGAUUUGAACAGGAAUAUCAAACUGGUCAUAAAUGCCUUUCUGAUACUCAAUUCAUAACGUUUGUAGUCAAACGUAGCAGAGGACAGGCUAUUUUCCUCAGGCUACCUCCACUCUGUCAAAUCACAUUAUUGAAUCGUGUUGCAGAUGUGUGUCAUGGACUGAAGGGUUUGUCUUUGCACCGCUGUUCACUGAUCUAUUCAUCAAGCAUUAUCCUAGAGCUGAUUGGAAAGUGUAAACAUUUGGAGCUGUUGUCAUUGAGGGGGGGCAGUAAUAAUUUGGAGGAACUCCUUUUACAGAUCAGCAUUCACUGUAAAAAAUUUUGUCGUUUACUUGUGUUGAAUACUGUAAUUGGUAGAGAAGAUGCAUUGGCAAUUGUUAACUUGGUUCCUAAUAUUAAGUACUUGAGCUUGAGGAAGUCAUACAUACAUCGGGAUAAUCUUAUCACAUUAUUCCGGGGCUGCAAAGAACUUGUGCUUUUGGAUGCUAGGGAUUGCUCUGGUUUUGAUGGCGGUGAUGUUGAAAUAUUAGCGCUUGCUUCUCAAAUUGAUAAGUUCAGCUGUGAGGGUUCUAGAAAUGGUGACUGGAAUUCAUGAUGCUCUUUCUUGGAAAUGUGUUUGGAAGAGUUGGUAUGACGUCAUUGCCGUUGAAUGUUCCUUUCGUGUGCAAGUCUUGGUACAGUACAGAGCAAGCCUAAACUCUGCAUGCUGGCAACGUCUCGUUUUCCCUGAGGUUGAUAUUGAGAUUGACAUUGACACUCAGGCUGGGGUUCUGACGAUGAAUCUAAAGCUUAGAUUGACAGGGGAACUGAUCGUUGCUGUUUUGAAACCUUUAUGAAUAGAUUUGUAUGUGAAUAUCGAAUCCAUGAUAGUUGUUUUUCUGGCACUCGAUGUAUAAAGUUUGUAGUCAAUCGUAUCAGAGGACAUGCCACUUUCUCAGGCUACCCGGAGUAUGCCCAGAAGAAGCAUCAAUGUUUGAGAGUAACUAUCAUGGUCACCGGGUGAAGUUAUUUUUGGUAUUGGUAAGUCUUGAUGAGUGUUUAAUUAACUGCAGUUUCAAAACUGAGAUUGAACUACUGAACUUUCCAUGCCAUGUCCAAAUUUUCACUGAUGACAUAUUACUACAGAACAUAAGUCACACGUGUUUAACGUCCACUGCAAGAUUUUUUGUGGUUUACACGUGUUCAGUGCUUGUAUUGCAUUAAUAAAGAGAAGGCAUUGGCAAUUGUCAACCUGGUUCCGUUGUUUA